CAACUCUAAGCUUUGCUCAGCCUAUUUUUAUCGUUCCUCAAAAGCAACUUACUAUAUCUAAACAUACAAAAUUAUAUUUCUUUCAUCAUACAUUCAAACCACAGAGAUUUUUUUGUUUCACUAAGAGACACAACAUUUAUCUAAUUCACAAAUACAAGGUCAGUUUCUUGAUUUAUAAAAGAGGAUUUUUUUUUUAUUAUUUUUUAUUUUUUAUCUUCCCCUUAAUCAGUAAGUAGCAAUUGAUGGGGUCUCUACCAGAGCCAAUCAUGGAAGAAAAUUACAGCAAACCCCCUGGAAUUAGGUUCAUGGAGAGGACAAAGAAGUCAAGCCUCUCUUUCAAGACAUAUCAAGCCAUUGUCCUAAUUGUAACAUUUUUAGCAUAUACAAGUUACCAUGCUACUAGAAAAACUACAAGUAUAGUUAAAAGUGCAUUGGAUCCUCAGUCCCCUGAUGUGGGGUUAAAGUUCUCGUGGCAAAGGCAUACCGUGCAUGAGCAAAAUCAAACUUCAAGACUUUCUUGGAUGCUUAAAGAUGGUUGGGUACCAUUUAACGGCCCUGAUGGUACAGCGAUGCUUGGUGAACUUGAUGUGUCUUUCCUUUUUGUAUAUGCCAUGGGAAUGUAUUUUUCAGGGCACGUUGGCGAUAGGAUGGAUCUGAGAAUAUUUUUGACAAUAGGAAUGGUGGGAACUGGUUUAUUCACUGCCCUUUUUGGAGUUGGAUAUUGGGCAAAUGUACACAUAUUUUAUUACUAUUUAAUAGUCCAAAUGAUGGCCGGAUUGUUCCAAUCGACAGGAUGGCCCUCAGUGGUUGCAGUAGUUGGGAAUUGGUUUGGGAAAAAGAAGAGAGGACUUAUAAUGGGUAUUUGGAAUGCUCACACCUCGGUCGGUAACAUUACAGGUUCUUUGGUUGCUUCAAUCUUGUUAAAGUAUGGAUGGGGUUGGUCAAUGGUUGUUCCUGGUAGUCUUAUUGCUGUCGUUGGCGUGGUAGUAUUUCUCUUUUUGCCGGUUCAUCCUGAUUCUGUGGGAGCUAAUAAAGAUGAAGAUGAAGUGUUUUCUCCUAAAAAAGAAGGCGAUGAAGUAACAGAGCCUUUCUUGAGAUCAGAUAGAGAAGAGGAAUCAGCUGUGGGUUUUAUUGAAGCAUGGAAGAUUCCAGGGGUGGCGCCUUUUGCUCUUUGCCUUUUCUUUGCAAAGUUGGUAGCGUACACAUUUUUGUAUUGGCUGCCUUUCUACAUUAGCCACACAGCUAUAGAAGGAAAGUAUUUGUCCAAUGAGGAGGCUGGAAACCUGUCAACAUUGUUUGAUGUUGGAGGUGUAGUAGGUGGAAUCCUAGCAGGUUACAUAUCUGACCGGUUAGAUGCCAGAGCAAUAACUGCUGCCAGCUUCAUGUACUGUGCUAUCCCAGUUCUCUACUUCUAUCGGAGCUAUGGACACGUCUCUAUGACCAUAAACAUCAUCCUUAUGUUGAUCACUGGAGUAUUCGUGAAUGGGCCUUAUGCAUUGAUAACAACUGCUGUUUCGGCUGACCUGGGAACACAUAGCUCUUUGAAAGGCAAUUCACGAGCACUUGCAACUGUAACCGCCAUUAUUGAUGGCACUGGCUCAAUUGGAGCUGCCAUUGGACCACUUCUAACCGGUUACAUUUCAGCUAAUAGCUGGAGUGCUGUAUUUACAAUGCUCAUGGGAUCAGCUUUUAUAGCUGGUUUGUUUCUGACCAGGCUUGUUGUAGCUGAAGUGGGUGCCAAGAUUCAACAAUCCCAAGGAUCAUCACCUAGAUCAACUUCCCCUGACCUUCUAGUGUGAAAAUAAUAAUACUGGUAUUCUUUGAUUGCUUUCCGUGGAUGCGUUUCCAAGCCCCGAUUCAGAUGUUUGCCUCCGAUCACAGGGAUGUAGAGGUGGAGAUGCUAAAAGUCAGAGUUUAGAUUUCAGGUGGCAACUUGUAUAAAAAUCAAGAAAUGUGAGGGUUUCUAGUAUCCCUCUUUAGAGUGUGGGAGUGAGUUUAAAAGGGAGAAAGUUGCUGAUUCACCCUUUACCAUGAAAUUAACAUUUCCACAUUUACAUUCUUGUGUGCCAGAAAAGGAUCAAAUACAGCAUUUAGUGUAGUGGGAGCCUGGGUUAUUGAGAGUUUUGUACAUAAUAUUUUUUGCGAUUGAAUAAAGCCUUUGCAUCCUCCCAAAAGUUUCAAAGUGUGAAUUAUUAUAUUUGAAAA